AUGCAGCUGGACCGCGACGUGCUGGUCUCGGCGCACGAGAGCCUUCUGCAGGAGGUGACCUCUCUACGGGAGGCUGCGGCCACAUCUUCUCGCCAGCAGGAGGCAACCAACCUGCAGUGUGCUCAACUUGAGGAGCAGCUGCGAGAGGCGCAGAGGAUCGCCACCGAUGCCACUGAUGCCUUCUCAGAGCUGCGGGAGGCCAGGGACUCGAUGGAGGAGCACUUCCUCCGCGAGGCCGAUGAGCAUCGCUCUCUUCUGCAGGCCAGCGCCCAGCGUGUGGCAGCUCUCUUGGAGCAGCAGGCCAAGGUGGAUCGCUCCAACCUGGAGGUUGCUGCAGAGGCGGUGCGCUGGCAGGAAGGCCAGUCCAAGGCAGCCCGUAAGUUGGAGGAGCAGCUGCUGGAGGCGCGCGGUGAGCUCCAGUCGCAGGUGGUCGCCUUGGAACAAGCCAAGGCGGCGCUUCAGCAACAGCACAGCAAGGAUCUCGCUGACCUUACAAGGCAGCUGGCGGAGGUUCGUGCAGAGGCGACCCGGAUGCAGGAGGAGAAAGCUCAACUGGCAAGACGCGCGCAGGAGGAUCGGUCGGCGCUGCUGCGGCACUGGCACGACGAGGUGAUGAGCCUCCGGGAGGAGAAGGCCAACGCGCUGGGUGUGGCAGAGGCGGAGAAGCUGAGCCUCAGGAGGCGCUUCCAAGCAGAGCUGCAGGAGUUGCAGCGGAACAAGGAGGAGACGGUCUCUGAGCUGGAGCGGGAUAAGGCAUCUUUGCGCGACAAGUGGCAGGCUGCCAUGGAGGAGAUGGGCAUCCUGCAGGCGCAAAUGGUGGCAGCGGAGGAGCGCUUUAAGGAGGAGCUGAGGGCGCGCUGUGCCAUGUUCGAGGAUGAGAAGGCAGAGGCGAGGCGGCAGUGCUACGACGAGCUAGGCCGUCUGCUCGAAGAGAAGGCCACCGAGGCGGCGCGCCAGAGCCUGGAUACCGCACAGCUGCAACGCAGGUUGGACGAAGCCACCGCCAACGCCGACCAGGAGAAGGCGAACCUCCUGGCGCGGCUGGAGGCGGAGAAGGCGACGCUGCAGAGCCAGCUGCAGGAGGUGUGCAACGAGAAGCUGCGCCUCAGCGAGGAGAAGGCCGCGCUGGCGGAACGCCAGACCUCGGACCUGGCCAAGGCGCAGGAGACCUGGGCCGGCGCCUUUGCGCGCGAGCUGCGGGCCUCCCGCGAGCUCCAGCGAGAGGAAGCCACGCGGUUGCAGACAUUGGUGAAGUCCGUGUCAGAGAGGCACGAAGAAUCGGAGCGGCAAACCUCGAUGCUGCAGGCGGAGCUAGCGGCGCUGCAGCAGCACUGGCCUAGCUCGCCGCCGCCAAAGGCGAGGUGGCCUACGAGCCCUCGCCGCGAGCGCGAGGGCGAAGGCGAAGGCGGAAGCGAUCCGCCAUCGCCCAAGGAAGAGCUGCCUCCGGAAGUGAAGCAGCCGGAAGGGGAGGCGCAAACUGAGACGGAGCCGGAGGGCGAGUUCUUCCCCCAGGCAAGAGGAAGAGUCGAACGCGCGCUCGCGGCCAGGGGCGCGACCGGAGAGAUCUACCGCGCCUGGGACUGCCGAGGCGAGAUAUCCGGAGAUGCCGGCCACCCAGAGGGCGCAGAGGCAGAGAGAGCAGACUCCGAUUUGGCUGAGGCGCGGGGCCGCGGGGGAGUGGUUUCAGGCGCCUAG